AUGUCCGGGAAUCUGCCGAGAUCUCUCAACGACGUUUGGGAGCCGAGCAAGAACCUCUUCAACGAGUAUAAACAGCCAAUAUCUAACUUUUUCUCAAAAGAUGACAAACAAAAGUUGGAAAAUGAGGGUGAGGGUGUACUGGACAGCUACCAAGCGCAAGGACAUGAGAAAACAUCACAUAAAGCGAGCACAACAGAGACUUUUGCCUUUGAAGACGAUCGCCGAGAUGCAAAGCGACCAAACAGAAUUCUAAUGUUUUUUGAACAAUAUAAGAUAAUGAAUUGGAGAAAGCGGUGGCAGUUGGCAAUUCUCGCAAAUAUUGGUUUUUUGAUAGUGUUUGGGAUUCGGUGUAACCUUGGUGCAGCCAAGAAUCACAUGUUUCGCAACUACACCGAUCCAUAUGGGCAUAAACAUAUGCACGAUUUUAACUGGACGACUACCGAGUUGGAAGUGAUGGAAUCCUCGUUUUUCUAUGGCUAUUUGAUCACUCAAAUCCCGGCCGGUUUUCUGGCAGCAAAAUUUCCGCCAAACAGACUAUUUGGCUUGGGCGUUGGAAUGGUUUCUUUGCUGAACUUUUUGCUUCCAUUCGGCUUCAAUAGCAAAUCCGAUUUCCUUGUCGUCAUCAUGCAAAUUUUGCAAGGGCUUUUUCAGGGAAUCGCCUAUCCAUCGAUGCACGGAGUGUGGAGAUAUUGGGCGCCACCGCUCGAACGAUCGAAAUUAGCUACAACAGCGUUUACAGGCUCAUACGCGGGAGCAGUGCUGGGCAUUCCCGUGAGUGCUUUCCUUGUCGCUUAUGUCAACUGGUCAGCUCCGUUCUAUCUUUAUGGAGUUGUUGGCUGUAUAUGGACGAUUUUCUGGUUUGCGCUCACUUUCGAAAAACCCGCCAACCAUCCAACGAUAUCGCUCGAGGAGAGAAAGUAUAUCGAGGAAUCGCUUGGACACGUUUCCUACAAAAUGCCAACGCUAGCCUCAAUACCCUGGAAAGCCAUGCUAACAUCGAAGCCUGUUUGGGCGAUCAUUGUCGCGAAUUUCGCUCGAUCUUGGACUUUCUAUCUACUUUUGCAAAAUCAGCUCACUUAUAUGCGAGAUGUGUUUGGUUUAAAAAUGAAUGAGUCGGGUCUCUUGGCGGCUUUACCCCAUUUGGUGAUGGGUAUCGUUGUGUUGCUCGGCGGUCAGCUAGCCGAUUACCUACGUACGAAUAAAAUCCUUUCCACGACGGCUGUUCGAAAGAUUUUCAAUUGCGGAGGAUUCGGCGGUGAGGCGUUCUUCAUGCUCUUUGUCGCCUACACAAGGAAAGAAUCGAUUGCAGUGAUUUGUUUGAUUCUUGCCGUUGGUUCCUCAGGAUUUGCCAUCUCAGGCUACAACGUAAACCACCUUGACAUUGCCCCACGGUAUGCUGCAAUCCUAAUGGGCUUUUCAAAUGGUGUGGGAACACUGGCUGGCCUCUUUUGCCCAAUCAUUACCGAAAUAUUGACUUCUCGUGGAUCUCAUGGAUGGACUACGGUCUUUCUACUUGCCUCAAUGAUUCAUUUCACUGGCAUCACUUUCUAUGGAGUUUUUGCCUCGGGAGAGUUACAGGAUUGGGCUGAGCCAAAAGAAGAAGAGGAAUCGUGGAAUGAGUCGAAUUUGGGACAACGAGCCGUCGGAAAUCCGAACUAUGGUAGUACAACGACGGCCGCGAAUGAGCCCACAACCUCAGCCCCACCCCGUCCUCAGCAACCAGCUCAAAAUCGAACCGAUGAUUCCCGUGGUGGCUACGAUCCGAUGAAUCCGGAUUGG